GGUCACAUUGGUACCGCAUUAACAGCUGCGCAGCUGGCAAAAAUUGUUAAUUUGUUGUCUUUUUUGUUUACAGCAACGAAUAUGUAGUUGAUUCCCCCGUGUGCUUACCAUUUCAAAACUAACCUUUACAAAAAUAUUUUGGCACACACCAAGAUCAGCUGAUCUCGUGCAAGGCCAUGGACUCUGGCAGUUCAGGGGGCGUAGCGCAGGCAGAUGAUUCUGGCCUUUUCAGUUGCAGUAGUGAUGUAGAAGAUGCAACUCAUCAUUCUACGACAGGGCAACAGGAUAGAGUGCAGGAGGAGGAUGAGGCUCCGCCGCACGAAGCACAGGAGUCGUUGUUUCUGGUCGCACAAGAGCUUCGAAAAUCGCGUAGCGAAGUGGAACGUCUAAGCAAGUCGGAACAGUGGUAUAAACAAGAACUGCAGUCACAAAAACACAGCCGCCUCGAAACUCUCGAGCGCCUCUAUGCCCAGGAGCGAAAAUACAUGCUGGAGAAUCAGAAACUACAACAGGAGUCGCAACGCCUACAAGCAAAAUAUGCUGCGCUCGAAAUUUGUAGUCUGUCGGCAGACGCUAUUAUAACGAGCCCAGCCACGUCGGCAACUGCGCAGCAAAGCGGCACGGCGGAUACUUUCGAAUCGUUUGAGGCGCAACAACAGCAGGCAAGGCUUAUGGAUCAACGUCAGCUGACCGAAGUGCUACGUAAGCAAAAGAAAGAACUACUAGCAGACAUAGAGCGCCUGAGUCUAGAGAAUGAUAGCAAACAGCUGCAAUUGCAGCGGCAGUUGGCCGGUGUUGAGUUGGAGAACAAACACAUGACGCGACAGUGCAAGCAACUUAUCGAAGAACAUCGACAAUUGGCACACAAGCUGGAACUGAAGGCGACCACGCUACGCAGUGUCACUGCCGAGCGGGAGCAAUUGCGCCAGGUCAUUGCAGAGCUUAACGAAACGUUGCAAACACAGGAGCAGCUGCUUGCUCUAAAAGAGCGUGAAUUCUUGGACUUGAAGCAACAUUAUCAACGUAAACUGAGCAACGAGUGCAGCAUCGAUGCCAUGCACAAUUAUAGCAUGGCAUUUCAUGGCGAGAUCAUUGCGAAGACCAGCGAAAUAGCCAGCCUAAAACACGCACUUCUCGAGCUGCAAACGGAAUUGUUGCUUAUGUCGAAGCUGCAGGCACAGAACGAGGAACAGCAGCGGCAACUGGAGCAAUUGAAUUUCCAGCUGGAGGCGCAACAGUUGGAGCAGACGCUAAAAAACGCUCAACUAACGGAUCUGACAACAGAGAAAGCAGUAAUCACCAGACAGCUGCAGGAUUCGCAGCAAACAGUUCAAAAUUUAGAACAACAGUUUAAGCAACUUCAAAAGCAAUACGCGGAGAUGUGCACCAAAUGUGACCAUACCAAACGGCAGCUGGAAGUGCAGCAGACCCAAAACGAUGAGCAGAAGCAGCAGCUAAAGAAACUGCGUAAACAGUUUCAGCUUUAUGUGUUGCAAUUCAGUCAGCUAAGUGAUGCAAAGGCCAAGUUGGAGGAGCAACAGCAACAGGCUCAGACCAAACAGCUUGUCAGUGAGGGCACCCAAACGAUGACUGUUCAACCCGUGUUGGAGCAGCGCAUUGAGACACUGGAGCAGCAGCUAAUAGCAGUCAACAAGCAAAAACAGCAAACAGUUUCAUUGUUGCAGCAACUGCUGCAACAACAAAAUGAAAAAAUUAGAAAUACCCAUGAAAUGGAGGCCGAUUGGAGGCAGCUGCUCGAAGCGCUGCAGGCCACACAGAAAAUGGAGCAAGAAAUGGAACUGCAGCUACAGCAGAAAUCUGAUGAGCUGCAGCAUCUUAAUAAGCUCUUCGCGCAACAAAACGAGGAGCUGCAGCAGUUGCAGCUGCUAAGUCGAGCACAUGAAACCAAGAACAGCAACGAACUGCAUAAACUUAAACAGGCACAAGUCGCUGAUGCGGUUAAUCUAAACCAACUGCAGGCACAAGUGCAGGCGCUUCUAAAAGAGCGCGAAUGUGCCUCUAGAAAACAACACAGCACCCUGCUGCAAGUGCUAGAAACGGAAACGGGUCGCAAACUGCACCAUGUGAAGAAUUGGCCGCAGCUGACGAAAAUGCUGCGACAAGAACUACGCGCAGCAAAAGCUGCUAUGGAUUUGCCUAUCCUUAAAAUGAGGCUAGCCAAAAUUGGUGGCAGAUACGAACAAGCGCUGUCCAGGAUCAAAGUUUUAGAGCAAACGCUGGCCGCCGAAAGAGUUCGCUUCGAGGUUUCAGAUUUAGGAAAAUCAACGACGAAUUCCACACCAUUGGAACCGGCGCAUGAAGUUGCCAACCUGAUUGAUGACUAUAAAAAGCUCAUUCAGCAAACUGCACAGGAGACUGGUCGUCCGCGCAACAGCUAUAUAUUGGAGCUAAUUGAGCGCAGUCAACGUAGCCAGCCAAAUUUGUGCCAAUUAAGCGAGGGCGUAGCCGCUUGCCGUAAGGAUGUGCUGGAUCUCAAUAAGUUGCUAGCCGAUAUGGAGGUAACCUCGGCACGGCAAGAGGCCGUGCCAUCAUUGAUGGAAGAGCUGCGCGCCGUGGCCGAAAAAAUUUGAGCCGCAAAAUGUCAGGCACAUCCCUUAACGUAGUCAUUAGAAUAAUUAGCAGAUUUGUGUUUAGCUUCAUUUUUUUUGUCGUAUUACUUAAUGUACUUAAAUUGUUUUCUCUGUUUUUUCUGUUGUUGUCUCUCCAAAAGCAAUUAUUUAUGUUUGUUAAUCUUAUUGUUUGAAAUGUGCAACUCUUUGAAUAUGUCAUGUAAAACAACAUGAAUAGCCCACCUAAUUGCUAAACACACUAACUAGUCCUACUGUUUUGGUUUAAUUCAAAGAUGGUUUACAUUUCCAAUUAAAUUAAAUACAUUCUGAAGCCAUAUAUUAUUAAUAACCUGAACUAUUAAAAUGAAUCAAAUAUGUCAGAUUUUGUGUAGAUAAUUUAAAA